GCCCUGUCCCCUGCCCAUCAGUCCCAGCGUUCGCGGUUCGCUGGCUCUACCAUUUUGUCGCUCUGUCGUCAUCACUCCGCGGCGGAAGUCGCUCGGGGCCCAGAGCCACGCCUUCUCGGCGCGCGGCCUUGGAUACCAGGCGGCUUCUGGCCUCAGGUAAGGAGAGGGCGGGUCGCACGGACCGGCUGGGCGCUGGGUGCCUCGGGGGUGGUUACGGCCUCGCCACGCCGCUCCGGAGACCUCUAGGCCUGCCUUGUGGGAAACCUGAGGUCGGCGGAGGUAACCAUGGAGAAGGAGGUGCGGAGUACCAUUGUUUUCAAUGCAUACAAAAAGGAGGUGUUUACCACCAAUACUGGCUACAAAUCUUUGCAGAAAAGACUUCGGAGUAAUUGGAAGAUUCAGAGCUUAAAAGAUGAAAUCACAUCUGAGAAGUUAAUUGGGGUGAAACUAUGGAUUACAGCUGGACCGAGGGAAAAAUUUACUGCAGCUGAGUUUGAAGUCCUGAAGAAGUACCUUGACAAUGGUGGGGAUAUCCUUGUGAUGCUGGGAGAAGGGGGAGAAUCCAGAUUUGAUACCAAUAUCAACUUUCUUCUAGAAGAAUAUGGAAUCAUGGUUAAUAAUGAUGCUGUGGUUAGAAAUGUAUAUUACAAGUAUUUCCAUCCCAAGGAAGCUCUGGUUUCAGACGGAGUGUUGAACAGGGAAAUUAGCCGAGCGGCAGGAAAGGCUGUUCCUGGGAUCAUUGAUGAAGAGAGCAAUGGAAACAAUGCCCAGGCUCUCACCUUUGUCUACCCAUUUGGUGCCACAUUGAGCGUCAUGAAACCUGCAGUAGCUGUUCUGUCCACAGGCUCCGUCUGCUUCCCACUUAACAGACCCAUUCUGGCUUUCUAUCACUCAAAGAACCAAGGUGGGAAGCUGGCAGUGCUUGGCUCAUGUCACAUGUUCAGUGACCAAUAUUUGGAUAAAGAAGAAAAUAAUAAGAUUAUGGAUGUUGUAUUCCAGUGGCUCACGACAGGAGACAUCCACCUAAACCAGAUUGAUGCUGAGGACCCAGAGAUUUCCGACUACACAAUGGUACCAGACACAGCCACCCUCUCAGAGCAGCUCCGAGUGUGCCUCCAGGAGGGCGAUGAGAACCCACGUGACUUCACCACCCUCUUUGACCUGUCUAUUUACCAGCUGGACACCACCUGCCUCCCCAAGGUCAUCAAGGCUCAUGAGGAGCUAAAUGUGAAACAUGAACCACUCCAGCUUGUCCAGCCUCAGUUUGAGAUGCCGCUGCCAGCCCUUCAGCCUGCUGUUUUCCCACCCAGUUUCCGGGAGUUAGCACCCCCUCCCCUGGAGCUGUUUGACCUAGAUGAAACAUUCUCCUCUGAAAAGGCACGUCUUGCUCAGAUCACCAACAAAUGUACUGAUGAAGACCUGGAAUUCUAUGUCAGAAAGUGUGGUGACAUUCUUGGAGUAACCAGUAAACUUCCAAAGGAUCAGCAGGAUGCCAAACAUAUUCUUGAGCACAUCUUCUUCCAGGUGGUGGAGUUUAAGAAAUUGAACCAGGAGGCCCACUGACAUGGCAGCCCUUCAGGUGAUGUCACCCAUAUAGACUUUACAAUAUUCAUUAGUUCUGCAAGUACUUACCAAGUGUCUACAGAUGAACAACACAUGAUGAUCCCUUCGAGAAUGGAACUUCUAUUCUUACUGGAGGGUCCCAGCAAACAGUAGCAGAGUAUAUAAGCAAGCACUUAGCAGGCUAGAGGAUGGUAAGUGAUGUGGUAUAGAAAAAAACAGAGCUAGGCCAGAGGGAUCCAGUGCGCCAGCAUUUAUUAAAAUGAACAGAGCUGGCCCAGUACACGUGGAUGCCAGAGUCUGGGGUACUGUUUGUACCAGAACCGUCAAUUGUACUUGUGUGGUACAUGGUUGUGAAAACUUCGUCCUUGGGUUAAAAUCAACCAUCAAGUCAACUGAUUCCUACUUGUCCCAACUAAUGGUGAUCUGGAAUGUCAAGUUGAUGUUCAAAAUACCAAAGAGGUUCUUAUUUCAGACCCUAAACUGAAAUAAAAUAAAAUAAAAUUCUGUGUUUACUGUC